CACAAAGAAACUUUUUUAAAAGUAAUUUAAAGACAGGUCGGAGCGACCCUCUCCGUCUUUUUAUUUGUUUGUUUGUUUUUCACAUCAUUCCCCUGUCUUCAAAUAUAUAUAUUUCCAAAAACUUUUUUAUUUUGCUCAUUUGCUGUAUUUUCUUGUCAUCUUGCAUCAUUCAGCGCUGCAAUUUCACAACAAGAACAAUAAAUAAAAAAUAUACAAAGGAGGGAGAAUUCACCACUUUUCCCACGCAAACUAGCCUCGUCCUAACCAGCUAACAAUGGCAUUCACAAAGCCCGUCCGGAAGAAGCGCAAUUUCAAAAGCCUCAGCUUGGCAGUUUCCGAGGAUCCCGUGCCUGGAGUGGGCGCGCUGCCAGCAGGAGCGGCAACUGCAGAGGCCGCAGUAUUGGCAUCGGGAGGAGGUAGCCGGCCGCCGCCGCUCAUGGGAAACAUCAGUGCACCUCUGGGAUUCAAUCUGGCCAACGGAACCGUCCACGAGUCAGUCUGCCCCUUGGAGCUCGGCGUGGAGCUGCGGCUGGAUCUGCGCGAGGAGGACCUGCUUAUCGGCAAGCCCAUGGGCGAGGGCUCCGGCGGCACAGUGGUCAAGGCGACGCACAGGCCGACGCAGACCCCCAUGGCACUGAAAUUCAUCAGGGCCGACUUUAAUAUCCGCCAACAGAUCCUCAAGGAACUGCAGAUUCUUCACGAGUGCAACUCGCCGUACAUCGUUGCCUUCUACGGCGCAUACCCAAAGGACAACGGAGUGCAGGUGUGCCUGGAGUACAUGGAUCUGAAAUCAUUUGACUGGAUUUACCGCAAGAAUGGACCGAUCCCCGUCCCUGUUAUUGGCCGGGUGACAUUCUCGGUCCUGCAGGGCCUCAAGUACCUGUACGAGGACCUCCGCGUCAUGCACCGGGACAUCAAGCCGUCGAACAUCCUUUUCAACUCUUUGGGAUUCAUCAAGCUCUGCGACUUUGGAAUUUCCAAAGAGAUGGUCAGUUCGAUCGCCAACACGUUUGUCGGCACAGCCUCUUACAUGUCGCCCGAGCGGAUGAAUGGCGGCAGCUACACUGUCAAGUCAGACAUCUGGUCCCUUGGCCUGACUCUUAUGGAGCUCGCCCUGGGCAGGUAUCCACUCAAGGGCGAGGGCGAGUCCAUGUCAAUUUUUGAGAUGCUUAGCUACAUUACCACUGAGACUUUGCCCGCGCUGUCGCAGGACGACUUCCCCCCGGGCCUGUGCGAUCUAGUCUCCAAGUGCUUGAUCAAGGACCCGGCUCUCCGCCCGACCCUCAAAGACCUGCUUGCUCACCCUUACACGCACGAAUGCUCGAUGGCCCAGGUCAACAUUGAGCAGUGGGCCCAGUCCCUCGAGACGAGUGAGUUUUAGAAAAUAAUUUGUUUUUUUCGCUUAUUUUUUGUUUGCCAUCAUUUUCUUUUACAUGUCUCGUUUCAAUUCUCCUCGAGUCGGAUACAAUUAAAACAUUUCCAUUAAAUUAG